ACCCAGCUAGCUAGAUUUCAAUGAAGCUAAGAGGCAAACUGACAACUAUUUACUGCGGUCAGGCAUGGCGGAGGGUAGCGGUAACGUUAACGUCGGUCCGGCCAACCUUCCUCCGGGAGACCCGCAGCUUAUCGCUAUGAUUGUGGAGCAUCUGAAGAACCGGGGGCUUUUUGACGAGUUCCGUCGCGACUGUCUGGCCGACGUUGAUACGAAGCCUGCCUAUCAGAACCUGCGACAGAAAGUUGACAACUUUGUCACGUCCCAGCUGAGCACACAGGACUGGAACCCGUCUAUCAACAAGAACCAGAUGAGGAAUGGACUGAGGCAAAGUGUUGUUCAAUCAGGUAUGCUAGAGUCCGGUGUGGACAGAAUCAUCACUCAGGUUGUUGACCCCAAGAUGAACCACACCUUCCGACCGCACAUAGAAACUGCCAUCCAUGAUUUCCUGUCAGGGGACAGGAGGGAGGAAAAUGCAUUGAGUUGUAACUCUGCACCCUCAGAACAGACAGAACCACAGGAGGUCCCAUCUGCCUCUGGUCCCAAAACCCCCGUGCUGACCAUGGAUCCGCAUGAUGUCCAGGAGAAACAAGUGAACCAGGCCAAGCGACGCCUCUCUCUGCAGAGCACAGCUGAGAUUCAGAGUUGCCUGGUGAGUUCAGGGGAUGUCGGCUGUGGGACGUUUCAGUGUUUCAACAACAACUCCUGUGAAAUCCAAGGGCUGCACCACAUCUGUCUCACUCUGCUGCACAACGCCGGGCGUUACAACUCACAGGGCAAGUCCUUUGUGAAGGAUGCAUUGCGGUGCAUGGCGCUGGGACUGCGGCAACGCUUCAGCUGUGUAAGCCGUCGGUGCUCUGCGGUAAAAGAGAUGGUGUUCUCACUCCAGAGAGACUGCUACUCCAAACACCAGCUCUGCCUGGCCCUGCAGGACCACAUGGACACCAUGGGCAACCUGGUCCAGUUCCAUCUGAUGUUUCCCCCGGGACCGUACGUGGAGCUGAUGAACUUCCUGUUGCAGUGUGGCGAGGAGGUCAGGUUGUGGGUCAGCCGCCGGCUGCGCGGGCAGUGCGAGCAACAAUGGGGGUCACUGUGCAGCAGCUUCGGCGGCACCUGCUCUCCCAGCCAAUCGGACGCUCCGCAGCACACCACUGUCCCACCACCCACCCCGCCCCGGCCAAUCACCGCCCAAGGGCCCCAGCAGCAGCCAACCAGAGUGGCCGAACCAGAGAACAGCAUGCGCAGUAAGAUGGACAACGUGACUGAAUCUGGUCUCCCUGUGUCUGAAAAGUCCAACGUUACUGCUUCAUAAACACACAGCCGAGUCAAGCAGAGGUGCAGAUGGGAUACACAAAUACAUAAAGAUCAUGCACUUAUUACGUUGAGUAGUAGAAUGAGUAAAAGUAGUGGUAGUAGUUGUAGUUUUAUCAGAGUAUUCAGUGUAGUAUUGCUGGUGAAAGCAAUGCAACAUAAGUUAUUCAAUCUAUUGGAUAUUUGUGCUAUAUUAAUAUUUUUCUUUACAUUUGACUUUGUACACAGAUGAAAACCAAUUAUCUACCUCACUUCAACAUCACAGGAAGCACAGUACACAGUGAGUGUGUGUAUCCUUCAGCUAAGGGCAUAGACACACACAAAUUAACACUACAGGGAGUUUGUCUGUAGCUCAAGUGCAGCUGAUGGCUCAAAGUCGGUAUUCUACCUAUUUAAGUCUGUUUUUGUAUUUAUGAGGAUUGUUAUAUUAUGCACCGUACUUGACACACUAUCAAACGUUAUCUUGUAGACAGUCGGGGUGCAGUCUGCAGGAAGGGAAGCACUCUUUGGUUAUGAUGUGUUAUAAAUGUGUAUUUUUAAUGUUCUACUUCACAUUUCAUACAGACCCCAGGCCUCAAGCUAUGUUUUGUAUGUUUUUAUUUAAAUCAAUCUAAAAAUACAUUUGUAAGCAAGUUUGAUUGAAAUUAAAUAAACUACAAU